CACACUCAUCUCCCAUUCAAUUCAACUUUCAAGUUCUUUUGCACCUUCUCCGAUCGAGAAACAAACUUUGGUGAAAAAGAUCAAACAAGCCUUUGAUCAGACAUGGGACGUGCACCUUGUUGUGAUAAAAACGGACUCAAGAAAGGGCCAUGGACACCAGAGGAAGACCAGAAGCUCAUUGAUUACAUCCAGAAGCAUGGCCAUGGGAGCUGGAGAACACUGCCCAAGAAUGCCGGACUUGCAAGAUGUGGAAAGAGCUGCAGACUCCGGUGGACCAACUAUCUGAGACCAGACAUCAAAAGAGGAAGGUUCUCGUUUGAAGAAGAAGAAACAAUCAUUCAGCUGCACAGUAUUUUGGGAAACAAAUGGUCUGCAAUAGCUGCUCGUCUGCCCGGAAGAACAGACAAUGAAAUCAAGAACUACUGGAACACACACAUCAGGAAAAGGCUUCUCAGAAUGGGAAUUGAUCCAGUGACACACAGCCCUCGCCUUGAUCUUCUUGACUUCUCUUCCUUUCUGGCUCCAUCCUUGUACAAUCAGACUCAAUUAGAUGUCUCAAGGCUGCUCGGCAUUGAACCUCUUGUCAACACCGAGCUACUAAGAAUUGCAACAAAUCUUCUAACUUCUCAAUGCCAAAACUCCAACAUGGUUAACCAACGCCUCCAACAUCAAAGCUUAAUCUCCAAUCCUCCUCAAGUCCAAGACCACACCUUGACAGCGUUCCAGCCACCCCAACAGCAACAGCAACAGCAGCUCCAGAACAGCAUCCCUGACAUCUCAGCUACAAUCUGCACCACAUCAAAUGCUCCAUUCUUUGGUGAUCAACAGUCACAGUUAGUGCAAGCCAAUGCUGGACAUUUCCAAGCAGACGUUCAAACAAACACAUGGCAAACAUCCAGCCAUGCACAGUGCGACAUCCAAGAUAACUAUGGCCCGCUGCCAACGUUUAACUCACAAUAUCCCCAGCAACUGAUCUCACAGCAUCUUUCUACUGAUGAUUAUAAUCAAGCCUUCCAAAUACAAAACAACAAUCAUGGGUUCGAUUUCUCUCCAGUUCUGUCGACCACCACAUCCAGCCCUACCCAGUUAAACUCCUCCCCGUCCACAUAUAUCAACAGUUGCAGCACUGAGGAUGACAGAGAUAGCUACUCCAGCAAUUUGUUCAACUUCCAAAUUCCUGACUUACUUGAUGUCAGUGAGUUCUUGUAAUUAAGUGACAGAGAAAACGAUGAAGAAGAAAAAAAGAAGAAGAA